AUGGACACCAAGACUACCGACCCCGAUUUGGUCGCGUCGACUGACGCGUCGAGCACUGAUCCCGCCGACGUGCAACUGCUAGCCCGUAUGGGCUACAAGCAGGAACUCCGCCGACAAUAUUCCACGCUGCAGGUGUUUGCCAUUGCAUUUAGUAUUAUGGGCUUGGUACCCUCGAUUGCGUCGACACUCUCGUUUUCUCUGCCGGCAGGUCCAGUGGGCAUGGUUUGGGUAUGGGACCAAUCGCAUAUUGGUGGCCGGUUUAUGCCAAAGAUCCAGAUAUUUUGCAUCUACAUCAAUGUCGCGCUCGUCGUUGCGACAGUGAUAGCACUCCCAGUUGGAAAGGUCACCCGCGGCGGAUCUCUCAACUCAGCUCAUUUCGUCUACCGCCAUAUUGACAAUGAAACAACCUGGCCAACCGGAUGGGCAUUUAUGCUCUCGUGGCUAGCCCCAAUAUGGUCUAUCGGAUCAUUCGAUUCAUGCGUGCAUAUGAGCGAGGAAGCUCUGCACGCUGCCAAAGCCGUACCUCUCGGAAUUAUUUGGUCGGCUGGCUCUGCAAUCGUACUUGGGUUUUUGGUUCUCUCUAUCAUCGCGGCCACUAUGAAUCCGAAAGUGAACAUAACAUUGAAUACAGGUUUUGGUCAGCCAAUGGCUCAGAUUUAUUAUGAUGCGCUAGGCAGAGAUGGUGCUUUGGUAUUUGUGGCUAUACUCUGCUUCACUCAAUUCCUCAUUGGCCUGAGCUUGAUAGUUGCAGCUUCUCGUCAGGCAUGGGCCUUUUCUCGCGAUGGUGCACUUCCGUUCUCUGUUUUCUUCCGACAUGUAAGUAAGCGGAUUAAGUACCAGCCUAUUCGCGUCAUUUGCGGUAUCGUGAUCGUCUGCCUUGUGUUGGGCUUGCUGUCCUUGAUCAACUCAGCUGCUGCCAAUGCUCUCUUCUCGCUUUUUGUCGCGAGUAAUUACCUCUCAUGGGGCACACCGAUAUUUUGUCGCCUGGUCUGGGGCCAGGAUCGCUUUCGCCCAGGCGAGUUCUAUACUGGCCGAUUUAGCAAACCGAUUGCAUGUGUGGCUGUUGCCUACCUGCUCUUUGGUGUUGUUCUAUCUAUGUUCCCAACCGAGGGUCCCAACCCAUCUCCAUCGAAUAUGAAUUACACCAUCGUCAUCAAUGGCUUUGUCUGGGCUGGCUGCAUGAUAUACUACUUUAUCUUUGCGCGACACUGGUAUACUGGACCACAGAUGACUGUUGGUGAGAAUGCGUCUACCCUUUCGAAUAAUACUAUCGGUUCCUCGCUGGCUGCCGGUCUCAAUGGAAAUGGACCUGCCGCUGACGGUCCCGCAGCCGGGUUUGACCUCCUUAGCGCAGGGCCCACGCGACCCGGUAUCGGCAUCGAUGACUAUAAUCUCGGCAAAGGCAUCGAUAGUCCAAAACUGCACGUUUACGAGGAAUGA